CAUUAACCAAUAGAUGAACAAAAUGAUUAAUAAUGAAUUUGGCUGUAAAUAAAUAUAAAUCUAUAUUUUACAGGCAACAAUGAUCAUCGAACCGACUACAGCAAUAGGCAAAAUAGCAAAAGACGUCCUGUUGACCGAGGUCCAAAAACGUUACGCAAAUUUGGAGGCGGUGGUUAUUUACGGUGUGGCAACAAUACUUGAUCCAAGGUACAAGAAGGCUGCCUUCGAAAACUCAAUCUACUGUUCGCGGGCUGCUGCUUUUAUUGGUAACUUAUUAAUAACCAGCCAAACCCAAAGUAAUGAAUCUGUGGAAAGUAUCGCUGAGCUUCAAACAUCGGACGAAGGAGGCAUAUGGUCAUAUUUAGAUCAAAACAUUAGCAACAGUCAAUGCAAUAGAAGUAACGUUUCGGAAAUAAAUUCGGACCAGCUGCGAGCUUAUUUAAUCAGGCCAGCUGUUUCUCGAAAAUUAAACAAAAACCCUUUAACAACUUGGCAGGCGUUGAAAAAUGAUUUUCCUUUGCUUUUUCCAAUUGCCCAAAAACAUUUGUCAGUUAUGGCAACGUCAGUCCCAUGUGAGCGACUAUUUUCACAUGCUGGACUUAUAGCAACCCAGUUGAGGAACCGUCUCUCACCCGAACAUUUAAAUAUGUUAGUAUUUUUGCGGUCAAUUGAGGAAGAAAUGUGGGACAUAUGAGGCUAUUAGCGCAAGACUUGGUCUUGGUCUGUACAACCACUCUUACAGUGGCCGUAAAAAUAAUAGCACUUUAAUAUUUGGACAUGUUUUGACUUAAUUUUAAAAUAUUAUAUAUGUAAAAUUCAACAAAAUUUCCAAAUUAAAAAAAAAAGUUGGGUUGGCAGUUUCAAUUUUGGUAUUAUAAAAUGCAAGUUUGAAGUAGCUACAAAUUGAAAAAGUUUGAAAUUUUUUUUGCAUAUAUGAUAUUUGUUGAGGAAUGAACUACAUAUAUUUUUUAUAAACAAUUUAUGAACAUUGAACCAACAAAAGAAAAUGAAGUCAAACAUGUCCAAAUAUUAAAGUGCUCUAAUUUUUAUGGUCACUGUAGAUCCAAAAUUUUUUUUUCAUUCAAUUGUUGAUUUUUUUAGAACUAUGUAAGUGGUACAACUUAGUUAUUUCCAGUGUUCUAUUUCGAUAAAAAUUCUUCAAAAGUGAUGGAAACUUUAACGAAUUUUGGAUAUGUAUUCU